AUGGGGAUGUAUGAGAAGCGCUUGUCGGCCUGGUCUCGGGAAAAGGUGCUUAAUUCAUGGAUGUUCGACUCUUUUUUAGAGAUCUGUGGUUCGGAGUUCUUUCGGAGAGAAUCAUCGGAGGAAGGCGCCAAGACGAGCAAGGUGGAGGCUUCUUCCAACUUUCCGUUUAUUCCUCCACAGAUGCCUCGGGAGACCCCGCAUUCGCCGCGAUCCUGCGCGGUGCGGCUUUCAAAUGGGGUGGACGCCGUCGAGUCCGGGACGUCUGUCUUUUCCACCCAUAUUGGGGAUAAUAUGGUGAAGUUUAUCUUUGAGACCCCCCUCCCGGGUGCCGCCGCGGCGGUGGGGGGAAGGUUACCCCAGGACGGGCUGGGCCUAAAGUCUCGCCUCGUGAAAAUUCACAUGGACGCGUGCUUGGAAUGCCAUUGGGUGUUGCUCCUCCACGCGUGGUUCAACACCGCUUACAUCCAAAUGCUGGCCCUGAUCGCGCUGGACUAUCUUGAGAGGCAUGGGCGUUUUUUGAUCGAAGCCGCGCGUCAGCUCUUUCUUCUCGAGGCCGCACAUCGCUGGGCGAAUUCGGCGGCUGGGCCGCCGCGAGCGGACAAGACGCCUGGUCGGUCGUCCACUUGGAAUUUCUACGCCAAGGCUAAGAAAAACAGGCUGCUUCAACGCAUCAUAAAAUGGUCCUCGGGACGAUCAACGCACGGCGCGUCCACCGCGUCGAAUAAACCGGUCGCGCGUUUUCCUGCGCUUUCGGCAACGCGCAUGGCCUCCACCGAUGUCGUCUUCAUGGCGCAAGGCACCUCAUCGGCGUCAAAGGCGAAAUCCAGCACGAUUCAAUGUAUUCCUUUGAUAAAACCCAGUAAACUGACUGAACCAAUCUCCAAUCCUGCCAAUGAGUUCCCCAAAGUCGUCCCUCUGGAGGUUCCAACAAUUCUUACCAUACAAAAAUAA